CGACCUUAAAUUAAGACCAAAAAGCUAAUUUUAGUUUUCAUGAAUUUAUACAAUAUAUCAAAUUCUGACUUUGUGUCUGUGGUAACUAGUAGAAACCGUUUACCACCCAAUCAGAAAACACUUGCAUUUUAAAUGUCGAUUACUUUCUUGUUGGCAGCCAGCAGCCCUUUUCACUUCUGUUCUCCUGAUGAAGGUUAAUCAGUGAGUGACUAACCUCGAAACUUUGAAAACGUACCGCUACUAGCUAGCUAUGUUAGUUCUUAUUUUCAGAGGUCAAGGGAGCCAGUAUUGUUGCCAACUGCUUCGCCUUCGUUGUUGCCAGCUCAACUGACUACCACACAGCUAGUAAGCUGGCUAGCUCGCUAGCUAAUGCCUAAAUGGGAACACAAGAAGAUGAGAGAGAUUGGGUGGACGUGGCGAAUGAUAUCCUUAGCAAGUGUCACAUUAACCUGAGACUGAGGAAGGUGACGGACUGUAAUGCCAAUGUUUUUGUCGCCUUGUAUGAGGCCAUCUUGGGGGAGAAAGUCCCAGACUACAUCGCCGCCCCGGGCAGUCAGGAGGAUGAUGUCCACAACAUCCAAUCUGUGAUCGACUCCCUGGCUCUGGAUUACCUUCAGAUCAGCCUUUCACACAUCACAGGUGAGAACAUUGUACGAGGGGACAAGGAGUCCAUCAAGAACCUGUUGGAGAUCUUUGACGGGCUGCUUGAGUACCUCACCGAGCAGAUCAGUGAAGAGGAGUCGCAAAAUGGAGACAAAGAACCAAACGAUGGUCCCGUGGAGGAUGCCCCCCUCCCUACAGGGCCAGUGGUCCACCAGACAGAGGAACAAGAGGCCAUAAUGGAGAGAGCCUCCCAGUAUUCUAGUGUGCACUCUGCAGUCCAGUCUAGCAGCAAACAUUCCCUCCACUCUUGGAAUGCGGAGGAGACGGGCUCGACCAAUGAGCUUAUCCGGCUGGGAGACUCCGCCCGCACAUUCACGGCCAAACAAGAAGUGGACGCCUCUUCCACGGGCCCCCCGGGAACCCCAGGCAUCCAGGCCACUCUACUGAGGGAGCCCCUGCACUCGGCCAUCCCCCUGCAGCCCCCCUACCAGACCACCCCCCACAGGCCGGACAGAGCUCCCCACUCGGGUAGCCAGUCUCCCCCAGCCAACGGUCUCGGCAGCGGGUCCGCAGUGGAGCAGGAGGCACCCGCUGGCACCUCGGAGUCCCCAAGGCCAGUGGCUGACGCGGUUACCAAUGGAUUGCGCUCGCCAGCCCUGCACCACUCACCCGUCGAGAGUGAGAAGUCUGUGUCCAGUCAAACCAAGGCCAGGCUAGAGGAGGCCAAGGAGCAGCCGGAGCCUACCAGUGUGGGGUCCAGGAGGGUUCUAUUCCGGACACAGCCAGACAUUCAUUUCCUCACCCUGCAGGAUGAGCUUGAGGACAGGCACCACUGGACACUGAGGAAGACGAGCGAGGAGGAGGAAGAAGUUGAGGAAGAGACCUUCACGCAGCAGGACAGCCGGGCUCACAGGGGGCGGACGGGCCUCAGCAGUAGCAGGGUACUAGAUGAGGAAGAUUGUAGGGAGCCUCUCUCCUGGCGUAGACAGAGGAACAGGAAGGCAGAACAGGAGCUGCACCACAUGUCUGAGAAGCUGUCCCGACGGCUAGAGGAGCUGGACCUGAUGUUAAAGAGAGCGCUAGGAGAGAGCGGAGAGCCCGAUGAGGUCAAAGGGGAGGACAAACAGUCCCACCACAGUGACAGUGUCAUGGAGUGUCACAGGCCCCAAAGGAGGCCAACAGGUACGACGCGAGCCACCGCAGCCCCCUGUACCCGCUCCCUGUCCCCCUCUCCUCCCCGGGCCCGCCGUUCCCUUUCAGGUCAGCUAGAGGGCGCCAUGAGGGAGGCGGUGAGUGGAGGGGUCACACAGAGACACAGCGCCGCCCGUACGCGCCGACGAGAACUCCGCCAUCUACAGAGCCAACAGAAACACAGCCAGCUGGAAAAAGCCUAUGAGGAGGAACUGAAAGUGUACGAGGACAGAGAACGGGCUGCCAUGGCCAAGGAACGAACCAGAGCACAGGAGGCGGAGAGGGAGUACAGAGAGGCCAUACUGAGAGAUGUUCCCAGAACCCCCAAACCGUCCCAAGUGUACACCACAGCAGCCCAACACCGCUCCCCCAGGACCAGACAACCAACACCGGGCCGCAGACGACAGGACAAAACCAGGAGAGCCCCACCAAUGAAGGUGAAGGACAACGACCUGCUGCCCCUGCUCCUGGAGGAGUUCCCCCACCUGCACCUCUCGCCCCACGCCCUGGGCAGGAUGUGGCAGCAGCAGCUGGGCCAGGUGGACCGCCUCAACGCCUCCCUCUCCCUGGACAACCAGAGACAGGGGCCACGCACUAAACUCACCAGCCAGGUGGAGGAGGCUCAGAGGAGACACAACCUGCUGGUGGAGAUCAUCCGCAAAGAGCAAGAACACAACAGACGCCUGAGGGAUUUUAAGGAGCGUAUCCAGCAACAGAAGUCGACUCAGAACCGUCUGAAGGAGCAGAGGCAGCAGAUUGCCCGGGCCAAGAAGUACCACAGUGACUACCACGUCCAGCUCCGCGCCCGCAUGAUGAGGGCCCGCACGAAAGAGGAGAGGAUGUUUAAGCAGGUGUUUGAGGAGGGCUUGGAGGUACAGAAGGCUCGUCUCCGAGAGCAGAGGGCCUACGCCAAGGAGCAGCGCCAGGAGCACCAGAAAAAACACAGAGAGCAGAUCCAGUCUAUGGAGAACUAUUACAAGGACCAGUUUUCAUUGUUGGCUGAAACUCUCGCUAUAGAGAGACAGGAUAUCCAAGUACGGAAGAAUGCCCAAGAAAAGGCCCUUCAAAAGAUGAAGCGAGAGCUGCGCUCCAAGAUGGAGAGGGAGAUAGGUGAGCUGCAGAAGAUUAUCGUCCAGAACGACGACGACGACUACUUCCACGACCUGGAGGUCCAAAGGUUACGGGGUCGCGUGCAGAUGGCUUCCUUCCAGUACAACACCAGCUGUCUGCACUGACCCCGCUAACGAGCUAGCAAUCUGUAGCUACCUACCGCUAACUUUCCUUCGGCUGCUAAAAACAAACUCUCUAAAGUCUCUAAAACCCACGGAUCUGAGUCCUACUCUUCGAUUGUUUUAAAUACUUGAUUAUUUAAGAAUAUUUUAAGAAAUGACUCCCUCACUGUGCAUUUUGAUGGUAGUUCCACAGCCAAAUGGGACCAUUGUGAAAAUUGCAUGCAACACUAAUUAUGAGAAUGUCUUGCCAGGACAAGGUUUUUGAUUCCAUUGUUUUCCCUAUUCCUUUUAACUGUAUGCUGGAUUUGUCUUCCGUAGCGUUUUUAACAAUGUUGAUGGAUUAUUUAUUUGAUUGUACUGUAAAUGACCUAUUAGUCCAGUUUCUAGGUUAUUUAACUAACCUGUUACGCUUUUUGAACACCAGAGAGCGCUGAUAAUCAGAAUUCUGUAAAAGUUCCCUUUGCCAGUAAACGACCAUACAUACUAAUAAACAAAUCAGACUGUUAAGACA